AUGGCCGACGGCAGCGACGGGGAGGGCGCGGGCGAGAGCUGCUGGCCGGCCCCCGCCGCCGCCGCGUCCGCCCACGGCGGCGGCGGCGGCGGGGUGCAGCUGUCCGACGUCAGGAGGGAGAUCUACGACCGCCUGCGGGCCGUCGGCAACCAGGAGGCGCUCUCCGACCCCUUCUUCGACCGCGUGCUCGAGGACCACUACGAUCGCCUCCCGGCCAGCUACUACAUCGACCUCGACGUGAACAAGGCCGAGGACGUGCUGCUGCACCGCCGGAUCCUCGCCGAGUGCGCCGACCCCGACAACCGCCCCGUCUUCCACGCACGAUUCCUACGGUACCUUCAUGACGACAAACCGUCCGAUGCCGAGUCUGCUCCGAAUCAAAACGGUAAUUGUGGGGGCUCUCUGGCUUCCAAUCUGAGCAACGGCGGAUUAAAAGGAUUUGACGAGCGGCUCAUGGAAGACCUCAGCUUGGGGCGAAGAAAAGGUGUGGACGACUUCGAGGCCAUUUCUGCAAGGCGGGAUACAGAAAUUCCCCUUCUUCAUGAAAUUAUUUUUUCUUCUAAUGACAAGCCAAAGCUCCUUAGUCAGCUAUCUACGCUGCUGUCGGAUCUUGGAUUGAACAUUCGUGAAGCUCAUGUGUUCUCAACAACAGAUGGAUUGUGUUUGGAUGUCUUUGUUGUUGAUGGCUGGGAAACAGAGGAGACAGAUGGUUUGCUGCAGCAGCUCAAGGAGACAGCAAAACGUAAUCCCUCAUUAUCUAAUCUAACAAGUUCCGCCUCGGAGAGAAUAUCAGAGCUGCAAGAAAAGAUUGGAGAAUCUGAAUUUGACAGGGAUCUGUUGCAGAUUGAAGAAAAGAUUGCGUCCGGAUCUUCUGGAGACUUAUAUCGAGGAACUUACCUUGAUGUGGAUGUUGCAAUAAAGUACCUUAGAGCUGAACAUGUUAACGAUAAUUCAAAAGUGGAGUUUUUGCAAGAAAUAAUGAUUUUAAGGAGCGUUAAUCAUGAAAAUGUUGUUCGCUUUUAUGGGGCAUGCACAAAGCAGCGAAAGUAUCUCAUUGUAACAGAGUACAUGGCUGGAGGUAAUCUGUAUGACUUCCUGCACAAGCAUAAUAAAACCUUGGAGCUUUCCUUCAUUCUUAGGAUUGCUAUCGGCAUCUCAAAAGGGAUGGAUUAUUUGCACCAGAAUAACAUCAUCCAUAGAGACUUGAAGUCUGCCAAUUUAUUAAUUGGUGAUGGUCAAGUCGUGAAGAUUGCAGAUUUUGGUGUCUCUCGUCAACGAUCGCAAGAGGGAGAUAUGACUGCUGAAACUGGCACCUACAGAUGGAUGGCACCUGAGGUGAUAAACCAUAAGCCUUAUGAUCACAAGGCAGAUGUCUUCAGCUUCGCUAUUGUUCUAUGGGAGUUGGUCACUUCAAAGGUCCCGUAUGAGAACCUGACACCAUUGCAAGCGGCACUGUCAGUAAGGCAGGGACUUCGCUUGGUGAUUCCCUCGGGCGUGCAUCCAAGAAUAUCUAAAUUGAUUCAACGGUGCUGGGGCGAAAACCCCAAUACACGACCUGUUUUCUCUGAGAUCACCGCGGAACUUGAAGAUAUCUUGCAGCCUAUUCAGCGCCUCCAGCUCCAAAGGAGGCCAUCGACAUACCAAACAAAAGAUACAGAUGAAAACACAGCGAUAGAAAGAAGGUGCCUGCUCAUGAAGCUGGACCCUCUUUUGACAUUGCCACGCACUAAAAAGUGCGACAUGCGCACAUCGUCUCCUGUAUAUAUGUCAUGUACAUAA